CCUAUUUGUUUGGUAUAUACGUCCGACCUGCCGUGACUUGACUUUACCCCAAAAUUGAAACCCCCUUAUCCAGCUCCCCCCUCCACAUCACCAAGGGAUCCUCGAAACUGCGUUACAAAAUGGAGUUGUGCGGGCGCCAGAAAGUUGUCCAGCGCAAGAUGGUGCUCUUAGGAGAUGGUGCUUGCGGCAAGACGUCAGCGUUGAAUGUGUUUACAAGAGGAUUUUUCCCGACAGUCUAUGAGCCGACUGUUUUUGAAAACUAUGUCCACGACAUUUUCGUCGACAACGUACACAUGGAGUUGUCGCUGUGGGAUACAGCCGGUCAAGAAGAAUUCGAUCGAUUACGGGCACUGUCCUAUGAGGAUACACAUGUUAUAAUGCUAUGUUUCAGCGUCGAUAGCCCCGACUCGUUCGAAAAUGUGGCGACGAAAUGGAUUGAUGAGAUUCGCGAGAAUUGCCCCGGCGUGAAGUUAGUCCUCACGGCACUCAAAUGCGAUCUGCGAAAAGACGACGAGUUGAACGACAACCCGAACGCUAUCACAUUCGAACAAGGAUUAGCGAAAGCAAAGGAAAUCGGCGCUGUAAAAUAUCUUGAAUGCUCUGCUGUUCAGAAUCGCGGUAUCAGGGAGACCUUUUACGAAGCCGCCAAGGUCGCUCUUGAUGUGAAGCCUGCAGGAUCCAGCGGGUCCAAGGGACAGUGCAUUAUCCUCUGAAUGACUCGUUCUAUGCGCUGAGGAACACCUUAGAUCGAUCGGUCCGAUUCACAAUCCCGUUUGCAUGUCGACUUGCCCCUCUAACAAUCGGCUCAUUUUGACUCACGCGACUCAGUCGCAUAUCAUGGCUAGU